UCUGCUUUGUCGCCCUGGACAAUGCUGCUGGUCUCCUUUCAUUCACACAAAAUUUCUUCCGCCUUUCAUCCAUAUUUGAUAGCUUGUCCUAGUCACCUGCCCUGUGGCCAUCAAUUUCAUCGAUUUAGGCUUUUGCAUUCUACAACCCACCACUGUUCGCCUCCAAACUCAGCCCAGCAUCAGCAGCCUUGGUCCUUUGCGGGGUCGCCGGCCUUUCCACCCACCGCCACCUGAGAUUGUCAACAAUCCGCGUACACGAGCUUUCCUCCUACCAAUCCCUAAAACCUAAACCUCUACCAACCACUCUCGCCAGACGAAGCAAGGAUUUGUGCUCUCUGGGCCCCUUUCGCCAUAGCAGGGUUGUUUUGACAGCUGCUCGUACGCCAUCAAAGAGUUCUGUCUACCCAUCCUAAACUCGACAUCCCUAAACUCCUCCAACACGUUCUGCGCCGAGAGUAGCAGAGAUGUCGUGGAAGCUUACCAAGAAAUUAAAAGACACCCAUCUCGGAACGCUCAGUCCGUUUUCCCGAUCGACUUCGACUUCGACAGUCACAGAAAAAGAUGAAAAGCUUUCCCCUAUUUUAGGAGCAGCUAACCCUGCUCCUGAAGGCACUAUCGCUGCAUCAGAGGCUAUGACCCAAGCCCCUGUAGUGAAGCCUCCAAAGCCUGGUAUUUUAGUAGUCACACUCCAUGAAGGCCAAGGAUUCUCGCUCCCGGAGCAGCACCGAAGCGCGUUUACUUCUCAACAUCAUGGCUCUCUUUCCACAAACAAUGCGACGUCGCUUGCCGGGUCGAUGGCGAAUGGCUCGAACCGACCACAUUCGUCUGCCGGUGGCUUUGGUGCUAUUCCCACAAACCACGGCAGAAUAUCCGGCAAGUACAUGCCGUACGCCCUGCUGGAUUUCGACAAGGUCCAAGUGUUUGUAAAUUCGGUUGAUGGCAAGCCGGAGAACCCGCUCUGGGCUGGCGGCAAUACACAGUACAAGUUUGACGUGUCGAGAGUUACAGAACUCGUCAUUCACUUGUAUAUGCGUAACCCCAACGCUCCUCCUGGUGUUGGCAGAUCUCAAGAUAUAUUCCUCGGUGUUGCUCGCAUCAACCCUUCUUUUGAAGAACGACAAGUUGUACCUGACGAAGCAAAGUCGGGCAAGAAGGUCGAAUCUACGUCAAAAGAGGGGCAUUCCGGAGUGGAAUGGGUCGAUGUCCAGUACGGCACUGGAAAGAUCAAGAUUGGAGUGGAAUACGUUGAAAUCCGUGCCGGUAAACUCAAGAUUGAAGACUUUGAGCUUCUCAAAGUUGUUGGCAAGGGCAGCUUCGGCAAAGUCAUGCAAGUACGAAAGAAGGACACGAACCGAAUCUACGCUCUCAAGACGAUUCGAAAGGCACACAUUAUUUCACGAUCCGAGGUUGCUCACACGCUUGCGGAACGAUCCGUUCUUGCACAAAUCAACAACCCAUUCAUCGUGCCUCUCAAGUUCAGUUUCCAAUCGCCUGAAAAGCUGUACUUUGUCCUAGCGUUUGUCAAUGGCGGCGAGUUAUUUUACCAUCUCCAGAAAGAACACCGCUUCGACGUCAACCGAUCCCGAUUUUAUACAGCCGAACUGCUUUGUGCUCUCGAGUGUCUGCACGGCUUCAGCGUCAUCUACCGAGAUCUGAAGCCUGAAAACAUUCUGCUUGAUUACCAAGGUCACAUUGCCUUGUGUGAUUUCGGUCUCUGCAAGCUGGAUAUGAAGGAUGAAGACAGAACUAACACGUUUUGUGGCACGCCUGAGUACUUGGCUCCGGAGCUUCUCAUGGGCCAGGGCUACAACAAGACUGUGGAUUGGUGGACGUUGGGAGUCCUGCUAUACGAAAUGUUGACGGGUCUCCCUCCAUUUUACGACGAGAAUACAAACGAAAUGUACCGCAAGAUUUUGUCAGAGCCACUGCACUUUUCGGACGUGGUGCCACCUGCGGCGAAAGACUUGCUCACCAAGUUGCUGAACCGCGACCCCAAGGAGCGACUGGGUGCAAACGGAUCGGCUGAGAUUAAAGCGCAUCCAUUCUUCCACGCUAUAGAUUGGCGAAAGUUGCUACAGCGCAAAUAUGAACCGGCUUUCAAGCCCAAUGUGGCUGACGCAUUGGAUACUGUUAACUUUGAUCCCGAAUUCACCUCGGAGGCACCUCAAGACUCGUUUGUAGAUGGGCCAAUGCUCUCACAAACGAUGCAGAAUCAGUUCCAGGGCUUUAGCUACAACCGUCCCAUUGCUGGACUGGGCGACGCUGGUGGCAGUGUAAAGGAUCCUUCUUUUGUAGGCAGCAUCCCCGAGAACGAGUAAAGACGACAUGAAAAGACGAUAGAAAGCGAGCAUAUAACAAUAGCAUGGUCAUUUGCUUUUUUUGGGACGCGAGGCUUGGGUGAAGGAGCAACGGGUCUUUUGUUUUUCUUCCUUUUGGUUGGCGCGUGGAGAUGAUCUUUGAGGAGUUGCGCGCCAUGAGACUUUGCAUAACUAGGUAUAUAUGAGUUAGAGCCCGAGCAAAUUUCAUUUUUCCCUCUUGU